UUUUGUCAUUAUUGUUGUUUUGCUGAACAUAUUACAAAACAACAAAUCCAAUUUGACAAAUUGAGAGAGCUAAGCACUAAAACUAACGUAAGAUGAACAGAAUUGGCCAAAUUUUACUGCGUCCGGGCUUCUUCACCAGCCACCUGGCUGGCGCAGCACGUGCAACUCCAGUGAUGACAACCACCGCAACCGCGGCCACAACACGCUGUUGGUACAGCGCGGACGCAACUGCUCCGCCGGCAUCGGCGGCGACAGUGGACAAAUCGACAUUGGAGAAGCUGGUGCGCACCAACAAGGUGGUGGUCUUCAUGAAGGGCAAUCCACAGGCACCGCGUUGUGGCUUCAGCAAUGCUGUCGUCCAAAUCAUGCGCAUGCACGGCGUUCAAUACGAUGCUCACGAUGUGCUGCAAAACGAGGCACUGCGGCAAGGCAUCAAGGAGUUCACGGAUUGGCCGACCAUACCGCAGGUCUUUAUUAAUGGCGAAUUUGUCGGCGGCUGCGACAUUUUGCUGCAGAUGCAUCAAAGCGGCGAUCUUAUCGAGGAGCUGCAAAAGGCGGGCAUCGUUUCGGAGCUGCUUAAGGCGCAGCAGGCGAAGGACGAACAGGAUGCAAAGAACAAGAAGUAAAUGCGAGACUUUACCAAACAAAUUAAUUGUUAAAUGCAAUGUGUUUUUUUAUUAAUAUUAAUGAAAUAUGAAUUACGUUUAUGUUUUCGGUGUA